AUGCAUGUUAUCUUCGACGCGCUUUCUGAAGUUGAAGCUCCAUCGCCCGACAUAUACAUACCAGAGGAAUGGUCCGAAGGUGCCGAAACCAUAGCUUACGAUUCGGUCACUUCGCCGCCUUCUGUUGCUCUCGUCUGCGGCGCCAAGAACUGUGGCAAGACCACCUUUUCUCUCCACCUUCUCAAUAUUCUCCUUCAGAGAUAUCAAAAAGUAGCUUAUUUGGAUACAGAUGUUGGCCAGACUGAGUUUACUCCUCCUGGAUUUCUAUCCCUCACUGUAAUUGACCAACUUACUCCAGAUUUGACAAUCCCAUGCCUCAAGACGCCAGAGAGAUGCUAUUUUUUUGGUGACAUUUCUUCAAAAAGGGACCCAACAGCGUACUUGAAUUAUAUAUUUGCACUGUAUGAUUACUAUCGAAGGGAGUACUGCAUGCUCAAGGGCAGCAAAAAGCCUGUUAAAACAGAGUUGCCCCUUGUUGUUAAUACACCUGGAUGGGUAAAAGGUAUUGGUCAGGACAUACUGGUGGAUGUGUUAAAAUAUAUUGCUCCUACCCAUGUAGUUAAGAUAAACAUUUCUGCUGAGGGUAAGAAUCUUCCAUCUGGAGCAUUCUGGUUGGAUGAGGAUCAUAAAGAGUCAGUGAAUCGAAUUGAGGUCAGUUCAGCUCGUCAGGACUCUUUUAAGAGAUCGGUCUUAGUACAAAAAGAUGCAGGCCUUUUACGGGAUUUACGAAUAAUGGCUUAUUUCAGGCAGUGUUUUCCAAGUAACUUGAAUAUCACAACAAUCAAAGAACUUGCACAUGCAUUGGCCUCUCACCCUCCUUAUGAAAUUCCCAUAUCAAGUAUCAAGAUUAAGCAUCUCCAUUGCCAGGUCCCAAGUACUGAAAUUCUAUACAGUUUGAAUGCAACCAUUGUUGGCUUGGCAGUUAGUUCUGAAGAUUCUGAAAAUUUAUCUCCAUGCAUUGACCUUGGAAUUGUAAGAGGCAUCGACACAUUCAAACGUUUACUCUAUGUGCUUACACCCGUUCCACAAAGCGCUCUGGAAAUGCUAAUUAUUUUCCAUCAAAUUCUCCUCAUAACUUUACUUAUUUUGGUUAAAAUUAUUUCUUUGCAGACUGGUGGAUUUACCACUGCAAAUUAUAUAUGGGACCUGAUGCAAGCUCGCAAAAUUAUCCCUUCGUUUCCAGCUGUGGAAGCAUACUACGGUGGCCUAAAAGAACGUGAAAUACCUGAAGAUGAUGCAAGACUCUUACUAGUUUCUCGGGCUUUUGACAACCAACGCCUAAGAUUUGGAACUGGUCCAGGACGACCUUAGUUGGAAGUUGGAACAUCAAGGAAAGCAUCUUCUGGGACUGUUUUUUUUAUUUUUUUAUUAAAAAAAAUCGAAGGGAAUAAUUACUUUGGAAAUUGCUGUUGGCAGAACUAACUUUCAUUGUAUUAGAUUUUUAUUUUUAUUUUAUUUUUUA